GGAACUCCAGAAGCUAGCAAAGGAACGCGGUAUGAAAGCCAACGUAAAGAGCGAGCAGAUCAUCCAAAAUUUGCUGAAACUUGAAUACCCGAAGAAAAAUGCAAGGUAUACCACGCUUUCUCCCGGAAUUACUGUACUCUAACCGACUGGGUCACAGGCCUGCAGACGAUGAUCACGAUCAAGGUCCUCCAAAGAAGAAAGCUAGACAUACCAAGAUUGCACAAGAGCAACUUCCAGCGACACCAGAAUCGCAAUUCGCUCCCCUCAUUGUCGAAACCGCACACCGGCCAUCACAACAGACUAGGGAUCCAGGAAUGGUUACUCCAUCAUGCCAAGGAUCCCUUCCAGUGACAUCGAACACUUCAGCGGCCCCACAGCGCAACGAAGCCAGUGCCAGCCUCCGGCAACGGCAAACUGCCCAUCCCACUAUCGUAGAAGCGGUGUCCCCGAAAGAACCGGUGUUAGACUCUGAUUUAUUCAGCGACACCGAUUCUGAGAUGACGAACAUCACCCAGCCAUCCUACGCGACCCCGCGAUCAUCUCGGGCGUGUACACCCCUACCUUCUGGUGUUGACCAAGUCGAGCGCGCCGUGGAGAUCAUGCAACAUAUAUCGAACAACGAUCAGAUCAUGAUGGUUGAGAUAACCAGACUUCGGGAAACAGCUGCAAAAUUACGUAAACAAACGCAAGACAUUCGGGAUCUCGUGCGCUGCGAGCGAGGCAGGCGAGAGCGCAUAGAGGCAUAUUUCACGUACUGGAACAAAAUUGAAGAGACAUGGCCCCGUAAGUGGCUGUAUGGGGAGGCCAUGGUACCGGCCAAAUACCUUAGACCAGAAGGCGGAGAUGAAAUGUAGGCGCCGCACGGCCCGCACCUCUGGCAAUCUCAUUUGCUGAUUUUUCUUCGUCACCUUUAGUGCUGGGCCACCAACGCUGACGGCUGGGAGAAGAAUGCAAGAGCUGGGUCCACGGGCGGACGCUGGGGCGACAAUGGUACAAAGGAACGGAACGAACCGCUCCGACAGAAGUGCCGCCGCCGCGCCCCCCUGCAAGUGCCACCGAGGCCAGUGUGGCCAGUUAGCGCUGCAACUGUCAUUUGGUUGAUGCUUGCAGUCGUCAUGAGCGUCAGUAGCGUAGCACCUUCAUGUCGCAAUGUCCUCGCACGUUAAUACGAAUACUUCAUGGCCAAGAGGGAAGGCUAUUAGUCCUCCAAAUCGUUAGUGAGAGCCAAUGAGAGCCCAC